UUAUUUCUCUUCUUCAGACAUUUCGAUCACUUCAAACAUGGAGAACACAGACCAGUGGAUCUUGCAGACUGAUGGGAGAAGAUAAUAUAGAUCAAAUCUUUACUCUGAGGAGUUGCAGCUCAUAGACCCAUCAGAUACAAAACAAACAUGACAUUUGCGUUUUACUUUCUGGUCUUGUUGGGGUCCGGAUACGUCAGUUCCACUUACGGGCCCCGCCAGAGAGCACAGAUGACUGGUGAUAUUUUGCUCGGGGGACUUUUCCCCAUACACUUUGGUGUUGCAUCAAAAGAUCAAGACCUUGCAGCGCGACCACAAUCCACACAGUGUGUGAGGUUCAAUUUCCGAGGGUUCCGCUGGCUGCAGGCAAUGAUUUUUGCAAUUGAUGAAAUCAACAACAGCACCACUCUCUUGCCGAAUAUAACACUGGGCUACAGAAUCUUUGACACAUGCAAUACUGUGUCAAAAGCCUUGGAAGGCACCCUUAGCUUUGUGGCCCAAAAUAAGAUUGAUUCUCUGAAUUUAGAUGAAUUUUGUAACUGUACUGAUCACAUUCCUUCAACUAUUGCAGUCGUGGGAGCAGCUGGAUCUGCAGUCUCCACAGCGGUUGCAAACUUGCUGGGUCUCUUUUAUAUCCCUCAGAUCAGCUAUGCCUCUUCUAGCCGCUUACUGAGGAACAAGAAUCAGUACAAGUCCUUCAUGAGAACCAUUCCUUCAGAUGAGUAUCAGGCCACUGCCAUGGCAGAUAUCAUUGAAUACUUCAAGUGGAACUGGGUCAUUGCAGUAGCCUCUGAUGAUGACUACGGACGCCCAGGGAUUGAAAAGUUUGAGAAAGAGAUGGAAGAACGAGACAUCUGCAUUGACCUAAAUGAACUCAUUUCUCAGUACAUUGAGGAUCAUGAAAUACAAAGUCUUGUGGACAGGAUUAAGAACUCCACAGCAAAAGUAAUUGUUGUGUUUGCUAGUGGCCCUGAUGUUGAGCCACUAAUUAAAGAAAUGGCCAGACGAAAUAUCACAGAUCGUACCUGGUUAGCAAGUGAAGCUUGGGCAAGCUCUUCUCUUAUUGCCAAACCAGAGUAUCUUGAUGUAGUGGCUGGAACUAUUGGCUUUGCACUGAAGGCUGGACACAUACCUGGCUUUAAAAACUUCUUACAAGAAGUCCAUCCCAGGAAGGACAGUCAUAAUGAAUUUAUCAGGGAGUUUUGGGAAGAAACCUUCAACUGUUACCUGGAAAAUAACCUCCAAGAAAGCGACAAUGGCAGCACUAAUUUUAGGCCCUUGUGUACUGGGGAUGAAGACAUUACAAAUGUUGAGACUCCGUACUUGGACUACACACACCUUCGUAUCUCCUAUAAUGUGUAUGUUGCAGUGUAUUCCAUUGCACAGGCCCUGCAGGACAUACUAACAUGCACACCUGGACGUGGACUUUUUGCUAACAACUCCUGUGCAGAUAUCAAGGAAAUGGAAGCAUGGCAGGUCCUGAAGCAGCUCAGGCAUUUGAACUACACCAACAGUAUGGGGGAAAAGAUGCGCUUUGAUGAGAAUGCAGAUUUGGUAGGAAACUAUACCAUUAUAAACUGGCAUAGGUCUGCUGAAGACAGCUCUGUGGUGUUUGAAGAAGUUGGAUACUACAACAUGCACAUCAAGAAAGUAGCCAAACUGUUCAUCGACAAGAGAAAAAUUUUGUGGAAUGGAUACAGUUCUGAGGUGCCAUUCUCAAACUGCAGUGAGGACUGUGAACCCGGCACAAGAAAGGGGAUCAUAGACAGCAAGCCCACAUGCUGCUUUGAAUGCACCGAGUGUUCAGAUGGAGAAUACAGUAAUCACAAUGAUGCCAGUGUUUGCACCAAGUGCCCAAAUAAUUCCUGGUCCAAUGGGAACCACACUUUCUGCUUCCUUAAGGAAAUUGAGUUUUUGUCCUGGACAGAGCCAUUUGGAAUAGGUUUGGCCAUAUGUGCGGUACUCGGUGUUGUCUUGACUACCUUCGUGAUGGGAGUGUUUAUCAAAUUUCGCAACACACCAGUAGUGAAAGCCACAAACCGAGAACUGUCGUACGUGCUCCUCUUCUCCCUUAUCUGUUGUUUCUCCAGCUCUUUCAUCUUCAUCGGUGAGCCGCAGGAUUGGUCGUGCCGCCUACGCCAACCUGCCUUUGGAAUCAGCUUUGUUCUCUGCAUCUCCUGCAUCCUGGUGAAAACCAACAGAGUACUUUUGGUGUUUGAGGCCAAGAUCCCCACGAGUCUCCAUCGUAAAUGGUGGGGAUUAAAUUUACAGUUUUUGUUAGUGUUUCUGUGCACGUUUGUCCAAGUAAUGAUAUGUGUGGUUUGGCUUUACAAUGCCCCUCCUUCCAGCUACAGGAAUCAUGAUAUUGAUGAGAUCAUUUUCAUCACAUGCAAUGAGGGCUCUGUGAUGGCUCUGGGGUUUCUUAUUGGUUACACCUGUCUCCUCGCAGCUAUAUGUUUCUUCUUUGCAUUCAAAUCACGGAAACUUCCAGAAAACUUUACAGAAGCCAAGUUCAUUACUUUCAGCAUGCUCAUAUUCUUUAUCGUUUGGAUCUCUUUCAUCCCGGCAUACUUCAGUACUUAUGGAAAGUUCGUGUCAGCUGUGGAGGUUAUUGCUAUACUAGCAUCCAGCUUUGGCUUGCUGGCUUGCAUCUUCUUCAAUAAGGUCUACAUCAUCCUCUUCAAACCUUCCAGGAACAACAUUGAGGAGGUCCGAUGCAGCACCGCAGCCCAUGCAUUCAAAAUGGCUGCCAAAGCAACAUUAAAACAUGGUACGGCAAGAAAAAAGUCCAACAGCAUUGAUAGGUCAUUUUCCUCAAGCCCCUCCUCAUCGAUCAGCCUCAAAACCAACGGCAAUGAGUGUGACAAUGCUUCAAGUAAGCAUAAACCAAGGGUGAGCUUUGGCAGUGGAACAGUUACUCUGUCCCUGAGCUUUGAGGAAUCAAGUAGUUCUCUGAUGUGAUACCAUAACACAUAGGCUGUGUCUCAAUUCAGGGGCUGCAUCCUUCG